GAUUAUAAAUAAAUUUAUUUGGGAUACAAACUGCACAAAACAAGACCGUCAAAGACGAUAUAAGCUUUUUCGAAAUAAAGUAAACAAAUUUCAUAUUUCAUUGAAGGUGUUAAAUAAUUAAGCCUAGCUUGUUUCAAUUUUAAAAUUUGUCAUGAAUCCUGACCGUUUUUUGCCUGGUAAUUUACCACAUGGUAUCCAGAAAAUGGAAAAUCCCUUAAGUAUUUCCUGGCACGAUAGCUCUUGGAUUCCAGUCCUUAAUACUGCAAAUGUUAUGGAAUAUUUUUCAGAGAGAACAAAUCCCUUCUACGAUCGUACCUGUAACAAUGAGAACUUAAAAAUGCAAAGGCUAGGGCCGGAGCAUUUAGGAAAUAUGAUUGGAUUGGAAUAUUGUUUACUACAUGUACAAGAACCAAUUUUAUAUGUCAUUAGGAAGCAACAUCGGCAUUCUCCGAAUCAAGUUACACCCAUUUCUGACUAUUAUAUAUUAGCCGGAGUUGUAUAUCAGGCACCAGAUUUAGCUUCUGUUAUUGGAUCACGAAUGCUGACAAUGGUUCAUCAUCUGCAGUCAGCAUUUGAUGAAGCUUCCUCAUAUUCUCAAUAUCACCCAUCAAAAGGGUACUGGUGGGAGUUCAAGGAUAAUGAAAAGACAGAAAAGACAAAAGUAAAAGAAGAAACCGGUUCAGCCUUCCAACGCCGCAGAGUAGAUGUACUUCUCAUGGAACUAGCUAAAAAGUUUCCGCCUAAAAUGACCUCUCCACCACAAUUAGAAAAACAAACUACUGAAGAAACAGCUGCAGCCGCUGCCAAGACAGACGUAAAAGUUGAAAUCAAGACUGAAAAAGUUGAUACACCUCCACCAGCUUCAACUACUGCAACUAGCGCUACAAACACUACAACUACUGUUACAAAUACUGCAACUACUGUGGUUGUUAAAACAGAACCAUCCUCAACAACGGUAACUCCUGCAACUGUUCCACCUCUCCCUCCACCACCUCCCCCUGCACCAGUUGCCACAAUAGCACCUCCACCUUCUGCUGUACAGAGAACAGCUAUGAAACCACCUCCUGAUAAAAAACCACGAUUAGCUUAAAAACACCAUAGCUGGAGGUCACUUAAUAAUUGAUUUAAAUUUCUCUACUGACUAUCAUCAUCAGUGCAUCUACAUAGAACAAAUAACUGCAGGAUCAAUAGAGUUGCAACUAGAAUAGAGGAGGUGAGAUAGCGAAAAGUUAAGUAAUUCUAUAUGCUAAAAAAAAUUAACCCUUUACAUAUCUGCCAUUCUCACCUAAUCUCUUUCUAUGCAUUACCUUACAAUAUAAAAGAGAAGCUUUCAGUUUUCACAAUUUUUUAAAUACUUAGAA